AUGGUUAGUUUUUUUUCAAUUCAUUUUAGGUUUUUGAAUUAGGAAAGCAUAAUUUUAGCCAGUGGUUUCAUCUAAAGAAGCGAUUCCUCUCUAGGUCAAAAAUUUUUGAGCUGUUUUUUUUUAGUAAUUUCAUUAUUUUUUUUUCUAAAUUAUCUUAUUUUUCAGCCUAGCAAGAAGGUUAUCAGAAAGAAAGUCGCUUCCGUGCCAGCACAUCUUCGUGCUCAGGUUGCUGCUCAGAAAGAGGUGAAAAAAAUCCUCUUUUCGAGAAGCGCACUCGCCACUUCCACAUUGGUAUGUUCAUUAAUUCAUAAAUUUGAAUUUUUUUAAUAAAGCAAAAUAUAUUAUUAUGGGAUCGACACGUGAUUAGUGAUCCUCUUCGGGGUUGAUUACUUUUCUUCGUGGAGCAUCGAGUCUAUGUAGUUGUAGUUGUUCUCGGUCCACCGUGUCGUAAAUAAUGAGCUGUGUGGCCCUUCCGCUUCGAAGAUGCCCGGUUCAAUUCGUAUAUUCCUGAUCUCUCCGUAGUUCCAAUGGGACCGUGACGGUUGGGACAAACCAUGCGAAUCACAGUCAUAAUGAUGUCAAAUUUUUUUUAGUUCUCCUGUUCCUUGUCAUUUUCAUUAUGUUUAGGUGGUGACAUCCAGCCUCAACGUGACCUCACUCGUUUCGUGAAAUGGCCCAAGUACAUUCGCCUUCAGCGUCAAAAGGCUGUUCUUCAAAAGCGCCUGAAGAUCCCGCCACCAGUCAACCAGUUCCGAUUUGCCCUUGAUAAGCAAACUGGUUCGUACCACGUUUGAAUAGCUCAGAGUUUUUGUAAUAAGCAAGCGCUAUGCGCAGUGCAAUGAUGCAAAUUACUCUGAAAGGUAAAGUGAGUUAUUCACUUUUUAAUUUUUCCCGUAUUGAAGUUUUAGAAAAUUGAACUUUUCAGCCAGCCAGACCUUCAAGCUUCUGGACAAAUACCGACCGGAGUCACGUGACGCCAAGAAAGAACGUCUUCGCGCCCGUGCUGAAGCUCGCGCCGCCGGAAAGAAGGAAGAAGUCACCAAGCGUCCUCACGUCGUUCGUCAAGGAAUCAACACUGUUACUCGUCUUGUCGAGACCCGCAAGGCUCAACUUGUUCUGAUCGCCCACGACGUCGACCCUAUCGAGAUCGUUAUCUUCCUGCCGGCUCUCUGCCGCAAGUUCAACGUCCCUUACGCCAUCGUCAAGGGAAAGGCUGCUCUUGGGCGUGUUGUUCGCCGCAAGACAUGCUCGGCUGUCGCCCUCGUUGAUGUCAACCCGUAAGUUGACUCAUUUAAUUAAAUCAAUAAUUGAAAUAUUUUAAGUGAGGACAAGUCUGCUCUUAACAAGCUCGUCGAGACCGUUAACAACAACUUCAAUGAGCGAGGAGAAGAAAUCCGCAAGAACUGGGGAGGCGGCAUCAUGUCGGCCAGAUCUGACGCUAAGAAAAAUAAGCUUGAGCGAGCUCGUGCUAAGGACCUUGGCAAACUCUAA